AGAUCGGAGGAUGAGAUCAAACAGUUGUCAUCCUCGUCAUCAUCGGCAUCUACGGUCCACGGGCUGAGUCAUCGACUCGAACGUGGACCGCAACCAACAUCAACAGGUCUUGGGGAGUAGGGCAAGGAGCGUCCGUUGGAAGGGGAAGGAUGCGGGAACCAGCUAGAAGCGAGAUAGAGUGACGUGUGUUUUUUGGGCAGCAAGAUGCUGCUUUUCCUUGUCGGUUCCCCGUCUGCAGUGUGCUGGUGCAAUCGUCCGCCAGGGAAGCCGGCAUCGUGGAACUCGACUCCUGACACACCUCUCAGCCAUUUUGCCGCGUCCCCAGCACUGAAUUGGGCUAUCUCCCUUCCGAAAACGCAAUGGACAGCAAUCGGUCAGAAAGGGACUACCAUAGCGGUUGGUUCCGAAUGAUACACCGACCGACAUAGCUGAGCUGUUCGCACGGCGCGGUGAACGCUGGUGGUGUUGGUGCGCAUUGGUGAGUUUUGCUACCGAAUAAAGUAGUGGCGUGCCGUGUGCAUCCUGAUACAUAGACUACCGAGUGCACGGCACCAUAGUCAAUCAUUCGAAUACACGGUCAUCGAAGCAGCAAACAAGUCGCGCCACGCGCUAGUGCAACAGGUCAUCCCGAACAGGCUCGGCUCCCGAACCCACGCGAUCGAACGCAACGAUUUUCGGACGUCUCCAGCGUAAAAGCACCGAAAACAGAACAGCCCUACCAGAACCAUGCCUUUCAAGCCAGCUGAAAACCCCAAGUGCCCCAAGUGCGGCAAGUCGGUGUACGCCGCCGAGGAGCGUGUCGCCGGAGGAAACAAAUGGCACAAGCAGUGCUUCAAGUGCGGAAUGUGCGGCAAGAUGCUCGACUCCACAAACUGUGCAGAGCACGAAAACGAGCUUUACUGCAAGAACUGCCACGGUCGCAAGUACGGACCGAAGGGCUACGGUUUCGGCGGUGGCGCCGGCUGCCUCUCGAUGGACACUGGCGCCCAGUUUCAGGGCGAGAGCACGAACGGACACUUUGAACCGAAACCAAUGUCAAAGGCACCUGAAGGAGAGGGUUGCCCUCGCUGUGGCGGAUAUGUUUACAUGGCCGAGCAAAUGUUGGCACGUGGAAGAGCCUACCAUAAGGGAUGCUUCAAAUGCGGUGAGUGUAAGAAGGGUCUCGAUUCUGUAAACUGCUGCGAGGGUCCCGAUCGUAACAUCUACUGCAAAGUUUGUUAUGGCAAGAAGUACGGCCCGAAGGGCUACGGAUACGGACAAGGCGGUGGAGCACUGCAGAGCGAUACUACUACGAUCGAGUGUGAGUUUGCACCGAAACCGUCCGCUGUGGAUACGACGGUAAUUAAGGCCUCGCCCGGACAGGGUUGCCCACGUUGCGGCGGUGUAGUGUUCGCUGCAGAGCAGGUCCUGUCCAAGGGACGUGAGUGGCAUCGCAAGUGCUACAAGUGCCGCGACUGCAGCAAAACGCUCGAUUCCAUCAUUGCCUGUGAUGGUCCGGAUCGGGAUGUGUACUGCAAGACCUGCUACGGCAAGAAGUGGGGUCCGCAUGGAUAUGGAUUUGCCUGCGGAUCCGGUUUCCUGCAGACUGACUGCAUGAGUGAGGAUCAGCUGGCGUCCCAGAAGCCAAUGGUCACGAUCGACACGACUGUGAUCAAGGCCCCGCAGGGUCAGGGAUGUCCGCGGUGCGGCGGUAUGGUGUUUGCUGCUGAGCAGCAGCUGGCCAAGGGAACGAUGUGGCACAAGAAGUGCUUCAACUGUAACGAAUGUCACCGGCCACUCGAUUCCAUGAUUGCUUGUGAUGGUCCUGAUCGUGAGAUCCAUUGCCGUGCCUGCUACGGCAAGCUGUUCGGACCGAAGGGUUUCGGCUUCGGACACACUCCGACGCUCGUCUCGACCGAUGCCCAGGCUGCACCAGUACACACCGAUUCAAAGCCAGCAAAUGGACCGAAAGCCAAGGACGGCAAAGGAUGCACCCGGUGCGGUUACGCCGUGUACGAAGCCGAAAAGAUGCUGAGCAAAAACCGCAUCUGGCACAAGCGAUGCUUCAGCUGCUUCGAUUGCCACAAAUCGCUCGACUCGACGAAUCUGAACGAUGGCCCGAACGGUGAAAUCUACUGCCGGGGCUGCUACGGCCGCAACUACGGUCCGCGAGGUGUCGGUUUCGGCAUGGGUGCCGGCACGCUAACGAUGGCCUAAGCCGGAGGUGGUGUUAUUAUUUGUUCGUUUGUUUGUUUUUCUUCAUAAUUCGCUCGUUCUUUUUAAUUGUUGGUAACGAUUCCCACUCGCACUCGAAAAGCAUAAAAAACACACUUACACGCCAGCACACGUACGCAAGCGAUACCAAUCGGUCCGGGAAGUUGAUCCGGAACAGUGAGCAAAUGGGCAGUGUGCGAUUUCCAGCCGAUAGAUGGCACCACCUGCAGCAACGAGCACGAUCGCAUAGUGUAGCAUUCCGAAUGAUCGUUUGUGAUCGUACGGUCGCUUUUGCCGGUUCGAUUGGGGCGCACGCCAGCCACCCCACCAUCAUUUUAUUUUCCCACCCGCCUAACCUACCGUUUGCGAGCCUCCGUAGCCUUUGCCCUUUCGAAAAAACGUAACUUUUUUAUGGUGUAAGAUGACUUUUUAUUUCACUAGAUGUAAGCUUUGCUGCUCGUACAAAUAUUAAAAAAAAAAAAAACAACAACAAAACACCGCGACCAUGCGCCAAACAAUCACCAGCAAACAGCGUGCAUUACACUCAAACACGGUGAGUGAUGUGUUAAAUUGAUCACACAAUUUCCAUUUGGUUUUUGCGGUGAAGCUUACGGUAGAUUAUUUUAUUUUGUGGAUUUUGUAACGGAAUGACGAACGACCGGGUUCGCGAUGGGCCCGCGAUCAUUUGAGGUUUAGAAACCAUACACACGCUGCACACCCGAUCAUAUCUACAUUACGCAGUCACUGAUAGGGGUUGAGUGAUCAUAUCAAGUAACGACCGAAUCUGUGGGACGACUAAAGAGACAAGCGGUGCCGAUAUAUAUUCACUUACGAUAAUUAGUGGGACCUCCGAUAGGCCGAGUGAAUAUGUCCGACAGUCUGCUUAAUGCAUCACGCUCAACUCACAAUAUCUAAAGGGAGGACGCUGUGCCGAAUUGUUUUUGCUAGACGAGUUGUUUGCUAACCGCGUUGAUGUAGUGCAAAAUUUGCCAAAACCAAUCCUGGUAUUUUUCGGAAACGGUGUCGGAGUAGCCGAUUGUCUGAUGCCUCUUGCUGAACGCAUAUGCUUCUUCCCUCGAUGUAUUAGAAGCAUGAUUACCACUAAAUUCGGAAGGAAAAGAUGAUGUUUUUUUCUGUAUCGUAAACCUUAAUUAUAUCACAUUAUAUAUUACCAUUGUAAUCGCUAACUAUUCUACUAUUACUUUUUGUGAAACAGAAGUAAUUAAAACAAAUACACAAAAAAAUUGAAAACGCGCAACCGAUAACAUAACGUGGAACUUUAUAAGAAAACGAUAUUUUAUCAAUAAAGGAACGGAAACAGCCUAA